UAAAUAGUGUAUUAAGUUUUUUUAGACGUUAGUGGCAUAAAAAGGCCGCAGUUUGCAUUCAGUGCGGAAUGAAAAACAGCUGGAGCGCCAAAAUGGCCGCCCUCAUUAGCGGUCCAGAUGCAGGCGCUGUGCGCCUCGCAGUCGUGAUCUUUACGCCGUGAGACGGCGGCGUUCGUAUCACAGUGGAAUUCACAACGCCCCUAAUCAACCCAGUCGUCGCGUCGCCCUUGUUGAACUGAGGAUCAAGAUGAAGUUCACCGAACACUUGGCCGCGCACAUCACGCCCGAGUGGCGCAAGCAGUACAUCUCGUACGAGGAUAUGAAGACUAUGCUCUAUGGGGCCGUGGAACGAGCACCAUCUGCAGAAGUGGUGGAACAGAGUGUCAUUACAAGGUACCUGGCAUCAUUUGAUGAAGAAUUCUUCCAGUACUGUGACAAGGAGCUGGCCAAGAUCAACACUUUCUAUUCUGAAAAACUAGCCGAGGCAACACGAAAGUUCAGCAACCUCAAGUCCGAGCUGAACAACUACAUCAGCAAGCUGGAGUCGCACCGGCUGAGUGGCAGCGCAGCUGUCGGUGGAGGAGGGGGUCGACUGGGUCUGAUGAAGGCCUUCGACCGGCAAGCACAGGAGGUCAAAAUCCACACGCGCAAGAUUCACGACCUGAAGCUGGCCUUCAGUGAGUUCUACCUCAGCCUCAUCCUCCUGCAGAACUACCAGAACCUAAACUUCACUGGCUUCCGAAAGAUCCUCAAGAAGCAUGAUAAGCUUUUGGGGACAAACCUGGGUGCUCAGUGGCGCCAAAGCCACGUGGAAGCAGCACCUUUUUACACCAACAAAGACAUCGACCGGCUCAUCCAGGAGACGGAGAGCUUGGUGACCUCCAUGCUGGAAGGAGGUGACCGACAGAAAGCCAUGAAGCGGUUACGUGUGCCUCCACUUGGUGAUCAGCAAUCCCCUUGGGUGACUUUCAAAGUGGGCCUGUUUUCUGGGGCCUAUAUUGUACUCAUCAUUGCAGUGAUCCUUUCAGGUGUGUUUAGCCAGACGCGGGACGACUGGCGCAUCGUGUUCCGUCUCUACCGGGGCACACUGCUUAUUAUCUUGUUCAUGUUCCUCAUCGGAGUCAAUGUUUAUGGCUGGCGUACAUCUGGUGUCAAUCAUGUGCUCAUUUUUGAGCUUGAUCCUCGCAACCACCUUUCCGAACAGCACCUCAUGGAGAUGGCAGCCAUCUUUGGUGUCCUGUGGGCACUGAGCGUGCUGGCGUUCCUCUACUCGGGCCCCCUGGCCAUUCCCACAUAUGCCAACCCUCUUGCACUGCUUCUACUCAUGCUGGUGUUUCUGGUGAACCCGUUGCACACCAUGAGGCACCAGGCGCGCUUCUGGCUACUACGAGUGCUGGGCCGAAUUUUCGCUGCUCCUUUCUUCUACGUGGGCUUUGCAGACUUCUGGCUGGCAGACCAGCUCAACAGUCUCGUGCCGGUGUUCAUUGACGCCCAGUACUUUGUCUGCUUUUAUGCGACAGACUUCCAGUGGAUGGAGAAUAGUGAUGCCACUCGCUGUAUGAACCGGCCAGUGAACCUUGCACUGCGACCUGUGCUCGCAUGCCUGCCAGCCUGGUUUCGGUUCGCUCAGUGCCUCCGUCGGUACCGAGACACGCGAGAGGCUUUUCCACAUUUGGCCAAUGCCGCCAAGUACGCCACCACAUUCUUCGUUGUGCUGUUCUCAACACUCUUCAACGUCUACAGGGACAGCUACCUGUCAUCAAGCAGCCACCCAUUCUUUAUCCUUUGGAUCCUGUCGGCAGUGGUCAGCUCUUGUUUCACCUACACCUGGGAUGUCAAGAUGGACUGGGGCCUUUUUGAUUCCAAUGCCGGUGAUAACCGCUUCCUGCGGGAGGAGAUUGUCUACUCUUCCCCGGGAUAUUACUACUUUGCCAUCUUGACGGACUUGGCACUGCGUUUUGGAUGGACGUUAUCAGUGUCUUUGACAGAGCUUGGGGUCAUUCAUUCAGACCUUAUGGUUACCAUCCUCGCCCCCCUUGAAGUAUUCAGGCGUUUCGUGUGGAACUUCUUCCGGCUGGAAAACGAGCACCUGAACAACUGCGGCAAGUUUCGAGCGGUGCGCGACAUCUCUGUGGCGCCCAUCGAUGCUGGAAACCAGGCCCUCUUGGUACGCAUGAUGGACGAGCCUUGUGGCGUCGUCAAUCGUGGGGGCCGGCGGGACCUGCGAAAACGUGCCAACAAGCAUAAGAAGUCAUCGCCAGAGACGAAAAUACUCCUCGAAAGUGCUGAAGGCGAUGACACUGCGGACGUCUAGUCGGCCUCAUCUGCUCUCUGCUUCACCUUGCUCUGGACAUCAUUGCUAGGAGAAAGGCAACAGGCCAGUCUUGGGAGAGCCCCUUACACCUUAAGUGCACCACCAUUUUGUUCCAUCACUGUUGUCUUUGGCUGACACACAUCCUUGCUUUGCACUCUGUCUUGCAUCGCUUGCAGCAUAGGUAAUCACUCUAUCUAUGCUAACAUGUCUGGGUUUUCGACAGGUACCUGAAAUAUAGGUACACUAGUGUUGCUUUUGAAAUGGCACUCCAGAGCAAACUUCUAGAAGACUAUUUUAUUAGUUCUCCAAGCAGAGAGUCGACAUAGGUUUUCUUAUUCAAUUGAGCAUGAAGCAAAAAACCCUUUCCUCUUUGUAUAAGACUGUGCUGUGCUUACGAUGCUUACAAUGGGUGGCAUCAGGAAGUGUUUGAGCUUGAAUCAAGUAAGCAAGUUUGAGCAAGCAUAAAGGGUGGUCUGCUUCUGACAAUUUCAAGUUGGCUUUCCAGCAGAGUUGCAUUUUCAAAAGCAUUUUCACUACACUCAUCAAGUGUAAGCGAGUGGUAAGGUAAUAAGAGCUUGUACUUGUGAAAGGGGCAGUUUCAAACACCAGGCCCGUACCAUCAUUUGCAGAAAAAAAUUCGGCUUGCACAUUUUAUGACAUCAAUAUAUCGGUGGUCAUGCCCGAAGCAAUAAAGCUUUAAAAUGCAGAAAAGGCAAGCGCACCAUUUUUUAUACGAGCUUCAGUAUAAAUGCUGCUAAUGAUUAGCUCUUGCAGCCAUUAUUUCUGCCCUUGCAGUUUCUAGCCAGAUUAUGUCUAAUGUGACAUCAACUGAUUAGAGCAUGAAAUAGUGCAAUCAUACCCAGGUUAAUUGUAAUGUACACAUUUGAAGUGCCAUUGUGAUAAAAAGAAAGCUUGCAUAAGUUGAGUUAUGAGUGAUAUAGCAGCCAGUGUAAAGGGAUGACCAACGUGACAUUUUUUUACACUCUAUUUUUGUGUAUUCUGAAGGUCUGUGACCCAUAAAACUAAAAGAAAUGCGUACCAGCAUUAAAACAGCUUGAAUCAUUAUAGCUUUUCUGCACCCAUUUUCGGUUACACAUGCCGGUGUCAUAGUGAAGGACGCUUUCUUUGUCACGAAAAGACUCCACUCAGGCCCUGUGUAGCAGCAUAAGCAGACAACCAAGUAAGUGUCAAAAUGUUGCACUACUUGCACCACCAGACAGCCACUUUCUAGAAAACACUACAGGAACCAGUUAUAGCAAAGCUAUUAUAAUAAAUUGCCUAGGGUGCUCUCAGGCUUCCAAUGUUCCUUCUGUGGUUCAUAUAUCUAGGACCUAAGUUUAUUGUCUCUAAUACUUUAAAACUUGAGCAGGGUUGAUAUUGAAUUUGGCUUGUGGUGUGUAUUAUCGGCAGGAGUUUUGCGAGACAGAUAAGCAGCGUUGCUCUGCUGCUUAUAUGCAGUUUGCAGGUUAGUGCACCCCAAAUGCAUUUUCUCAUCCCAUAGGAGCCCCUUUAAGUGACAUUUCACGACAAGCGCACUCUUAAUCGUGCUUUAUGUAGUGAUGCUGACAAGAUGAAUGUGAGAUUAGGAACCAUCCUGUGCCUUGUGUGCUAGGAACAUACUUGGAAACUAUUUUUGCUUCCAUUUUUCUUUAUAUAUGUGCUUGAAUUACCGUACUUUCUCAAGAAAAGGGCUCCUCAUAGUUGCGCAGAUAGCUAGCUAUAGCUAAGUGCCAUACUGUGAAGCACUCCUGGAAUGUAACCCACAUUGAGAACUUGUAAUAGCGGCAAUGUGGGCUUCAUAUUUUGCUUUAGUUUAUCGGUGAACAUUUUCUAGCUCCGCCACAAAGUAUCUGUGUGUUAAACAUUUCAAGUGUCUUUCCACUGUGCCUUCGAAGUGCCGUCAUCAGCACAUGCAUAUGCAUGCAUGUUAUUUUGUUCUUUGUUUGUGAAGCAGUGUGAAGCAAAGAACAAAGCAAGGAUGGUUCAGCUUGUAUGUGUGUUUGGUGGAAAUUGCUGGCAGAUGUCAGAGUGACUUCCAUGGCAUGUCAAUCGAGCAAGUUCAGUUGCCUUCUGCUCCAGGGGGUGGCUGGUGACAUUUCGUGACAGAGGAAUUCAGUGAAUGUCUACCAAGGCAUUUUUUCUGGGGAAGGCUUCUAGAUUUCUACUGUUGAGACAUGAGGUGGUAUAGAAGGAAGUAAUGAAAGUCUACUGCUUGAAUGAAUUAUCUUGUGUAAUUAAGUGCGUGUUGGCAAAGGCCAUCAAAAUUUUUUAGGUGGCUUUAAGACCCAAUUUUUUGUCAAGAUAUUUAUUCCGAUUCCCAAACAUUGGAAGUUGCCUGAUAUUAGUAGCAACAUUGUCAUUUUUAUUGAGCAACUUCUUAUAUAUUCAUUUUAGCUCUGAUAUUGAUUUCAAAGAUGGGUCGUAACCCGAAGUGUGUUUGUAACUAGAAACCCCACAGCAGGCACUAUGUAGUUCCUGGAUAUCUCGUCUCCUAACCGGCUUAACAUUGCCUUUAAGAGUAACAUGCUGCUGAAGAUGCAGAAAUCUGAACGUGUAAUUCACGUAUAAUGUUUUGUUGGUCUUUGUGGAAGUAAUCUGUGUACGAGAUUGGUGCCAAGGCUGGAUUUAAGUCGUUAUACACACGUAUUAUCGGUGUUUUCAGAAUUUUACCUUGGCAUUCAGGUCAGUGCUACAGUAGUGCCACAAAUUAUGAGCACCAGUAUAGGAUGUUGAAGCAGCAAGCUAAGAUAAUGUAUUACCAGCCUGGUGAUGCUCAGGAAGGUGAAAGUAAAAUUAAUUCUUCCCAAAGACUGAGCAGCUUGUAGCAGAAAGGGAAAGCAAUGUGUUUUCUUCUGGUUACUACUUGAUGUUUCCUCAGUCACCUUAUCUAACCGCUAGUCAUAGGUUAAACAUAAUUGGAAUGUUUGGUUACUACCAGGGUAACAUCACUGGUCAGACGUGAGGAGGCCAUUGCACUUCUAUAAUGGUUAUAUAGAUACAUAUUGCAGACAGGGUGUAGGACAGCUAUGCUAAUCUAGACAUGGGUCAUACUGAACAAUUCUGAGCUAACUUUGUUUACCACAUUAGCAGCACAGCGUCACUAAUAUUUUUAACCUAGGAGAUAAGACUGAAACAACAUUGAUGUAUUCCCCUUUUUCGUCUUGCUGUACACCAUUUUUUGUGUGGUUUGGCCGAAGCCAUAAAACAGAACUCAAACUUAGGGGCAUUGUGUUAUCAGCAUUAAAAGAAUGCAGAUGCCAGUUUUUACAAGGCCUUGCAACAGCAAGAACGAUUUCCAACCUUGUCAUCUCAAUGUAAUUUGUCACGAUCGAGCAUGAGCAUGACACAAUGAAUUUGGUCACCAAUCUUUGUAAUUGUCACUUUUUGCAAUUGCCAUGAGUGUGUGCAGUUUUCAGCAUCCAAAUUGGUGUCCACUGUACACACAAAAUGCAGGUCGGCUGUGACACUUUUUUUUUUUCAAGGAACUAGUUACUCACGCACUAGUUCACUUCAGUCGUACUAGCAAGUCUGUUGCGAUAACAUUUCUGGUAUAGUCUGUGUCGGAUGCAUACACACAUUUUAGAUGUGUACUUUUGCUCAUUUCAAGGGAUAACCCUUCUUUGUGCUCCUAUGUUUCUCAUUCGAGGUUCACAAACGAGUAGGACUCGUUACGUUGUCAUUCCACAAUCAUUGAGCUCUUAUUAGAGUUGGCAAUUAUUUUCCAUGCAUUUCGACAGUAUCUGCUAAAAGUGCAUUUUACGUAGCAUUUCUUUUGUCUGUUCCAUUAAUGCCUUUAGUCAUGUAUGAUAUAAUUCAACAACUGUGUUUCCAAUGGUAAACUGUGACAUUUUAAUGUUCAUUUUGUGCAUGGUGUACUCAAUUAACAGCUUCUGUCCUGUGCACUUGACUUGUUGCAACUGUGAGACUCUCUAACUUGUGCUUGUUAGCUUUUGUUUGUAUCCUUUGCCAUACAUAUUUAUGUAGCACUAUUAUUUAAAGUGGGUUUUAUAUGCUUGCAACGAAAUUUCAGUCAGUAUUCUAUUAGAAGUGCACAGGCCUGAAACUUUUUUUCUAACAGCAUUUUCAUUUGUCACACCGGUGUGCUCGUAUAUCAUUUACAAACUGCAAUAUUUUUAAAUCGAACUUUUUUAAAAUAAUUUUGCUAUGCUUUCUUUUGAAGGCUCCCGAGUUUACAUAGAUUUAGUACUUACAUUGAUCUCUCCAAUCGAAAAUGUUUUAGUGGAGGAAGAGUGUUGGUUGAUAUGUGAAAUACCAUUGGAUUUAUGUUUGAAUUAUACCGGUGAGAUGUGAGAUGACACCUUUUGGUGUCCUUUUUUUUGCCUUUUUUUAGUGCACUCUAGUUUUUAUGAGAAACUACUAAUAGUGUUAGAAAUAAAUAUUUUUUUUUAAAACUGCCUUA